GCUCCGGUGUUGUGCACCGAAAGAGUGUAGAUCCAGGGAGGUGUACUCUGAGACUGAGGACGCAUGUGACCACCAGGAACCCACCUGAAAUCCUGAUGCAGCCGUUGGUGACAGAUGUCAACCAGGCCGUUGCCGAAGCCUUGAUUCAAGUGAUGACCAUGCUGCUACAGAUGUUGAUUCAACAUCUCGAAGUGCAGACGGACCCACACGAUCCGAACGAAGCUCCCCUGGAAACGAGCCAGCAGAUUCAGCUCAUGAUGGAGGAGCUCCACAGCCAAAAGGCUACAUUGGAUCAAGUUCUGCAACAACGGAAGUCCGAUCAAGUCUCAAUGGGAAAGACCAAGACGGGUCAGUCGAGUCAAGCUGCCCGCUGCAAGAUCGCCACAAGGACUCCUCAGGCCGCAGUUCAAUCUGGAACUGGGAGCAAUCGAAAGAUGAUGUCUCCCGGCGCAAGUUCUACGCCAAUGAUGUGGUGCUUGGACGAGUCCGACGAGGACGUGCUGGUGGCCGAAGAGGAGCUCGAGAUUGUGGAAACCACCACAACACAGAUUCCUCGAAUCUCAGUGGUGGAGCGCUCAGCCAGCGACUCAUCCUCCCUUCGAAGAUUGGGGCAAGCAUGUGAUCACUUGGGGCAAGAAACACAAGGACAAGACCUUCGAACAGGUGAUGAUCAUGGACGUGGGCUAUUUCGAAUGGUGCCAGAGGCGUUACACCUCACUGGUACCCGAGAUGAAGGAGUUUGUCAGGGCUUUGCGAAGACAGUAGCCAAGUUUUUGUGCCAACUGAACCACAGUCACUGGAACUCCCAAGAUGCCAUGGUGCAUGAUUUGGAUAUCGACGAGCCACCUGCCAAACGCAUCCGUUUCAGUUUUAACCUGUCCAAGCAUAGGAAGCCUGAUCGUUCCAUUGACCUUGAUCCAGAACAAAGCCAAGCUCCAAUACCCAUGCCUGAAGACCCAGGUGAGAUGUCUUCCAAAGAUGAUGGUAACCACAUGAGUCCAUGGUUCGAUGUCCUACAGCUGGCACAAAAGAAUGCACCACGGGUAGGAAACUCGCGCUGUCCCGCAGAUUCGGAGCUGUUUAACAUGGCCAAAGCACUUCUGAAUGACAUGGUUUUAGAGAGUUUGUUUAUUUGCAGAGGAACAGAACGAUUCCAGGUUCCUGUUCAAGCUCCUGCUUCACAUGCAUGUCCACUCAGGCGUACUAUUUGUGUUCAUCGACAAACAAAUGAAGUCCACGACCUAGGAACCGAAGACUGGCAUUGCAUGACCCGAGCCAGAAGGAUACGGAACUGUUUACCGAGCAAGAUCACUAUCACCAUGUUUGGUUCAAAGAAGACAGACGAAUCUGCCAAUGCUGAACUUCCUCAAUCGAGCCGAGAUGGGACAAACCUGGUCUCCAGAAAUGAGACGCUACCAAGUGAUGAACGCCCAUCUGCCAUCCGAGUGAGUCAUGAAAGUCAGUUGCCACCAAGCGCUGAAUUUCUGGAACCGCCAAAUGUUCCUGCACAGGAUCCACCAAUUGAUCUGGAUGACAUAGAUGAUGAUCUUCUGUGCGAAAAGGUUCUCUGGUGUAGUGAUGUUCCAGACCAAAAUCCAUAUGAC